AUGGCCAAGAAGAAGGAGUUGCAGCACUUGAUGCGCGAAGUGAAGGAGAUUUUUGCUGGCGUGAAACUGGGCGACAGCCAAGUGGAAACCAUUUGGAAGAUCAAGACCGCUUCCAAUGACGAUGCUAUGAGCCGCUCACAGAUGAACGAGUGGUACAACUGGUUUAAAGAUGGCCACACAUUGGUGGAGAGCGAGCCCCGCUCCGGUUGGCCAUCAACACGGCGAAAUGACCAGGUCAUUGCUAAAGUGAACGCUGUGGUGAUACGUGAUCGUUGUGUGACUAUCCGGAAAAUUGCGGAAGAGGUGGGCAUCAACACUUUCUCUGCACAUUUCCUUAUGAUUGACGAUUUUCCCAUGAAGAGAGUUGCUAAAAAAUUUGUGCCGAAACUGCUCAUGGUGGAGCAAAAGCAACUUGUGUUGAAGUCUCACAGGACAUUCUGGAUUUGA